AUUCCCUUCGUCAUCGGGUUCACUUUGCGAGCCGUGUUGAAACAAAGAGAAUCCCCAUAACCGCGUUGAAAAAAUUCAGUGCACAAUCGUAAAAAAAAGUGUUCCAUCGAGGUGAGGCUUCACCUGAUACCUGAAAAAUUAUCAACAAAUCCCAAUAAAAUAUAAAACCCGGGCAAGUGGUGAGUGGCGUCCGUGUGCCCCGGAGUUCUCUCUCCCCCCCUCUCCCAAUCCCAACCACAAACGUUCAAGACCACGCAACCAAAAAUCCACCAAAAUUGUUAUUUAAGAAAUAAAUUAAGGCUCGAAGAGUUUGAAAAACGGCACUCCUGAGGUCCGAUGUCUAGUGCUGAGGUGGUGGAUAGUUUCGUUGACCCCCCAGCAAAGAAGCGACGCAUUGCAACGACGGGAGGCUCAGACGAAACAGAAAAAACUAUGGCGAAGAACGGGUCAUCAUCAAAGGCUGAUAAUCAUCAUGAAAUAGAUGAGGGUCUGUACUCAAGACAAUUGUACGUUCUUGGUCAUGAGGCGAUGCAUCGUAUGGCAUCGUCAGACGUAUUGAUAUCAGGUCUUGGUGGUCUAGGUGUUGAGAUAGCCAAGAACGUUGUCCUGGGGGGUGUUAAAUCGGUGACACUUCAUGAUGAAAAAGUGACAAAGAUAACGGAUUUCUCGUCGCAAUUUUAUCUCACUGAAGAUGAUGUGGGAAAAAAUCGAGCAAAAGCUUGUUACGAACGUUUAUCAGAACUGAAUAAUUAUGUACGAACUAGCCAUCACGAGGGCAAGCUCGAUGAGGAGUUUCUCAAGAAAUUCAAAGUCGUUGUGCUGACAGAAUCGAGUAUCGACGAGCAGUUGAGAAUCUCCAGAAUUACGAGGGAGAAUAACAUUGCUCUCAUUAUUGCUGACACAAGGGGACUGUUCUCACAGGUGUUUUGUGACUUUGGAGAUGAGUUUCAUGUUGUCGACACCAAUGGGGAGCCACCGAUAUCAGCCAUGAUUGCCAGUAUCUCCAGGGACAGCGAGGGAGUUGUAACGUGUUUGGAUGACACUCGUCAUGGAAUGGAAGAUGGUGACUUUGUUACUUUCUCAGAGAUCCAGGGAAUGACACAGCUCAAUGGAUGUGAACCAGUGAAAAUCAAGGUACUAGGUCCCUACACCUUCGCCAUCGGUGACACAUCAGAAUACUCCGAGUAUCAGAGAGGUGGAAUUGUCACACAGGUCAAGAUGCCAAAGACAAUUUCCUUCAAGAGUCUUGAGGAAUCAAUUAAGGCUCCAGAAUUCAUUAUCACUGAUUUUGGAAAAUUCGAUCAUCCUGAGCAGCUACAUCUGGCAUUCCUCGGACUCCACGAGUUUCAGAAAGUCAAUGGCAGGCUUCCCCGUCCCUGGAAUAAUGAAGAUGCUCAAGAACUGGUGAAACUUGCUAAUUCUGUCAAGGAGAAGUGGGGAGUGGAGACCGAAGUGAACAAAGAACUUCUCGAGACUUUUGCUAAAGUCUCUGCUGGAGAACUGAACCCCAUGAAUGCGACUAUCGGUGGAGUUGUCGCUCAGGAAGUCAUGAAGGCCUGCUCAGGGAAAUUCUCACCGAUUUUCCAGUGGCUGUACUUUGAUGCUAUUGAAUGUCUCCCAGAGGAUAUUGAAAGGAUUCAGGAGGAUGACUGUGUUCCUGUUGGAGACAGAUACGAUGCCCAGGUCGCAGUGUUUGGGAGGAAAUUCCAGGAUGUCAUGGGAAAAUUGAAGUACUUCGUCGUUGGAGCUGGGGCUAUUGGUUGUGAGCUACUGAAGAAUUUUGCGAUGUUAGGCGUUGGAGCUGGUGGAGGAUGUGUCACUGUUACUGAUAUGGAUCUCAUCGAGAAGUCCAAUUUGAAUAGACAAUUUCUGUUCAGACCCUCGGAUGUGCAAAAAUCCAAGGCUUCUACUGCUGCCAGAGUUGUCAAGGGCAUGAAUCCCAAGAUCAAUGUUAUUGCUCAUGAGAACAGAGUUGGCCCGGAGACUGAGAAGGUUUACAAUGACGAGUUCUUUGAGGUUCUUGAUGGGGUUGCUAAUGCUUUGGAUAAUGUCGAUGCUAGAAUAUACAUGGAUAGGAGGUGUGUUUAUUACAGGAAACCUCUCCUGGAGUCGGGGACACUUGGAACUAAAGGAAACACUCAGAUUGUAGUUCCCUUCCUGACUGAGUCAUACAGCUCCUCCCAGGAUCCUCCGGAGAAAUCAAUUCCAAUCUGCACCUUGAAGAACUUUCCCAACGCCAUUGAGCACACACUUCAAUGGGCUCGUGAUAACUUCGAAGGUCUGUUCCGUCAGGCAGCGGAAAAUGCAGCUCAAUACAUUGCUGAUCCACAAUUUGUCGAGAGAACUCUCAAGCUACCAGGUGUGCAGCCCCUCGAGGUCCUCGAAUCAGUGAAAACAGCUCUCAUUGAUGAACGUCCAAAGGAGUUCUCCGACUGUGUUGCAUGGGCUCGUUGUCACUGGCAAGAUCAGUACAACAAUCAAAUACGUCAACUGCUCUUCAAUUUCCCACCAGAUCAGGUCACUGCCAGUGGCCAGCCCUUCUGGUCAGGCCCAAAACGCUGUCCCCUUCCCCUCACCUUUGAUCCUAAGGAUCCACUUCAUGUGGAUUAUAUCGUAGCAGCAGCCAAUCUCAAAGCAGCUGUCUACGGCCUCCCCAGGAAUCGAAAUAGAUCAGAAAUCCUCAAGAUGCUAGAGGCAGUUAUUGUCCCUGAAUUUGUACCAAGAAGUGGAGUAAAAAUUGCUGAAACAGACUCACAGGUUCAGGUGUCCAAUGGCUCUGGUAAUGUUGAUCACGAGCGUCUCCAGCAACUCCAGGAGGAAUUACCCAAGUCCUCGGAUCUUCAUGGGCUGAAAAUCAAUCCUCAGGACUUUGAGAAAGACGAUGACACCAAUUUUCACAUUGAUUUUAUCGUUGCAGCGUCUAAUCUUCGUGCUGCUAACUACAAAAUUCCAGCGGCUGAUAGACACAAGAGCAAACUUAUCGCUGGAAAAAUUAUACCAGCUAUUGCUACAACUACGUCUGUGGUCGCUGGUCUUGUUUGCUUGGAGCUGAUCAAGUUGGCAUGGGGCUGCAGGAACUUGGAACGAUUUAAAAAUGGCUUUGUCAAUCUAGCACUGCCUUUCUUUGGAUUCUCUGAGCCCAUUUCAGCACCAAAACUCAAGUAUUAUGAUAUUGAGUGGACAUUGUGGGACAGGUUUGAGGUAACUGGGGAACUCACUCUCAAGGAAUUCCUCGAUUACUUCAAGGACAAACACGAAUUAGAGGUGACGAUGCUUUCACAAGGUGUUUGCAUGCUAUAUUCGUUCUUCAUGGCAAAAGCCAAGUGUCAGGAGAGAAUGGGACUUCCCAUGUCUGAAGUGGUUAAGAAAGUCUCCAAGAAGAAGCUCGAAGCACAUGUCCGGGCCCUUGUCUUCGAAUUAUGCUGCAAUGACACCGAUGGAAACGAUGUGGAAGUCCCUUAUGUUCGUUAUACCCUGCCUUGACUCUGAAUUCAUCCCUUUACUUGCGAAAUGUGUGAAGAAUUAAUACUUAAUGAUGAAUUAUUAAGUGUUUGGAAUACAAAAUAUAGCCCAUAGUCAUUUCUACAAAUUUCUAUUUUAUCAUUAAUGCGAUUUAAUCGACUAGAAAAUUGUUGGCUAAGAAGUCUCGGAAUGAGAGGUCGAUUUUUUUGUUUUUUUUUUUUAGUUUCUGUUUUCGUGAACUAUUGGAAAUUAUUUAUUCCAGUGGAUGCCAUCGUUUGCUCUAUUGAUUCAACGAUGGGAAAUGUGUAAAUUUAGGAUAAAUAUAAUAGUAAUGUGUAGAUGCAAUUGAUAAGUUCAUUCUCUUGCCUAAACUUGGAUUUUUUUUUUACAAUUGUAUGCGAGAUUAUUUACGUUGUUGAUGAUGAAUUUGGACAGCAUAUCGAUUCAUAUUUUAUUUGUAAUAUGAAAAUUAAGGGAUGUGAACAGUAACGAUUUCAAUUAAUUGAUGUAACUGAAGCGAGAGAUGAUUUGAAAGGCGUAAAAUGUUUUUUUUUCAAUAAUCAAUAAAUAAUUAAUCAUUGGCUAAGUCGUUUGAUUGUUAAUGAUAUAACUUGCAUUUGAAAUUUACAAAGAGGCGAUUAAAUCUCGUGGGGGAAGGGGAAACGAACAUUUAGGAUGAAACAUAUUUUAUUUAUCAUAGAGACAGGGAAUAUUUAUUGUACUUCGGAUUUUAAAAAAUAGAUGUUUUUGGAUUGCGAGUGAAUUAAUAAAAAGAAAUACAGCAAAA